AUGGGCUGGUUCGGCGGCUCCCCUGCAAAAGUAUCGAACAUUUCCGAAAUAGACACCACUUCCAACUCCAAUGGACAGCAAGAGCAGCAAUUUUUGGAAGACCUUCCUCCUAAAUUCGAAGACACUGCUCCGAGACAACCUCCAGAGAGCAUGUAUCGUGAAGCUUUCAAGCAAGUAAAACUCUCCGAUUUCACCAUUUCCCACUAUGUGAACAUGCCGUGUUUCCGGGAAGCCAUGAUAACCGGGUUCCAGUCGAUGGGAGUACUUGGAGCCAUCACAUUUCUCAUCCACAAGAACCCCCAAAGGUCAGUGAACUGGGCGGUGUGUGGAUUUUUCCUAGGCAACAUUGUAGGAUGGGAACAAUGCCGGUCUUUACGGCGGAAAUCGUUUGAGACGGUGGAAAAAGCCCGACAGAAAAACCAAGAAAAGCAGGCGAAAAAAUGGGAAGAGAAGCAGACGAGCGAUGAGCAGAUGAAGAAGUGGAAGGAGGUUCAAGAGAGGGAAUAA